GUGAGUUUAAUUUUUAGCUUCUAAAUUUUUUCUUUUGCUAAUUAGGUCUUUUGAUUGUUGUGAUAAUUGUGUAUUUUCUUGUAGAUUAUUUUUGUGUUAAUUAAUUUAAUUUGUUAUCUAAUGUGAAUUAACUCUUAAUGUUUUACAUAGAAAAAUGUCUUCUUUAGCCUCCUCCUCAUCAUCGUGUUCACAACAACAGAGGAGCCUUCAAAGGGAAAGAGAAAGGUAUCAACGUGAAAGACAACAAGUGACCAUUAGUAGUGGAGUUGGUGGUUGUAGUGGUGUUGGUGUACCUGGUGAACCUUUUCAUACUGGACCUACUGGACAAUCGGCUGGUUCAUUGUUUGGUGAACCAAUAAAGAAACACCAAGACGAUGAGACAUCUAAACGUAUUAAAUCAACUUUAGGUGAUUUUGAUCAUGUUCAAAUGUAUUUAAGGUAUGAUCAUAAACCGUUGAUUGGUAUUUCUACACGGGAGAUAACCCGUAUAAAUGGGAACAAAGCGAAAAUCGAGCAAAUUUUUAGUGAAAUGAAACAAACAUUUCAACCUCUUGGUGCUUUAGAAGAUGGUGAAAGUGAGGCAAGUCAUGGGACUCGUGAAGAAGAGGAAGAUGAUGACCAAGACCAAGAAGAAGAGGAUGAAGAUGGUGAUGAAGAUAAAGAAGAUGACGAGGAAGAAGCAAAUGAAUCAGAUUCAUCGAGUUCAUCGGGUUCUUCCAGUUCUUCCAGCUCUGCUUCCAAUAGUACAUCGUCUUCCACCACUGAUGACGAUGAUGAUGAAGAAGAAGAUAAAGAUAAUAAUAAUAAUAUUAAUCUUAAUAAUAAUAAACCCAAUGAGGUUAAAACAAAUGAUUCCAGUGGUUCCGAAACAAAUAGAGUUAAUAAUAAGAAACGAAAAGAUUCCUCUGGUAGCUCAAGUUCCUCUUCAUCAUCUUCAUCUUCAUCCAGUUCAUCGAAAAAUUUACCUCGGUCAUCACCUCCCCAAAGUGAAGUAUCAACCUGGAAUUUGACCAAUUUUAUGGACAAAAAGACCACAGCGAGUACCACAAGUGUCUCAUCCUCCAAUUAUGUACAUAAAGAAUCUGUAAAAGUUACAAAUGAUAGCAUAAACGAUGUUAUUGACAAAGUGGCUCGCGGUGAGCUUGGCGAAGACUCAAUGGACCUUGGUAACAAUAAUAGGAAUCAUUAUAAGCAACAGCAACAUCAUCCACCUCCACCUACAGAUGAACCACCACCGACAAAAAGAAGGAAAAAAUCAAGUCAACUACCCCAACCUCACUCUCAGCAACAGCACCAUCCACCACCACCACCACCACCUCCUCCACCACCUCCUCCUCCUCCUCCGCCGCCACCACCACCAACAUCACAACCACAACCACCUCAACAACAACAACAACCAACACAUCAACAGUCUCAUCAUCAUUCUCAUCAACAACUUCAACAUAAACAACAAAUUCAACAACAUUACCAGGAAACAACCACCAGGCAACAAUUUAGUCAAGAAUCCAUUUACCAGCGAGAGAAAACAAAGAUUACUGAAAGAGCCAAAAAAGAGCUGAAUCGUAGUAAUAACCUGACGAAUAGUGACAAACAAGAAAAGUUAACUGCACCUAAGGCGCCGGAGAAGCUUUUAGUCUCUAUUUCAUUGGUUCUAUUGAAAAGGAUACCAGGACAGAAUAAAGAAUCAACUAGUAAUAACAUCAAUAUCAACAUAAAUAGUAAUAAUAAUAAUGUAAAAGAUAAUAAUAGUAGUAGUAACAGUUCAAAUAGUAGCAUCAAUAGUGGUAAUAACUUCACUAAUCAUGUCAAACACGAGCCAAAUAAUCAACCCAUGAAAAGUGAUAUUACCUCACCAGCCCAUAGGUCAUCUUUACCUCCACCUUCUAGGAAUAGAAGUUCACCUUCACCAGCCCUUCCACCACCACCUCCGUCGUCUAAUCAUUCAGAAAUCAACCUAAACUCAUCAACAACCUCAUCUUUAACCAACACCUCCAUCACAUCGACCUCUGGUUCAUCAUCAAUACCAUCUUUACCUUUCACACCUCCUUUACCAGCAUUAUGUAGCCGGACUACACCUGAUAAUUUGGCCGCUGAUGAUUACCUGAAAGCAGCUAAAAAAUUGAAACACGCUGCUGACCGUGAAACCGAUCGGACUGUACAAGCACGGAAGUACCUUGAAGCUGUACUUUAUUUCAUCUUAACUGGUAACGCCAUGGAACAGAGAAGCUGCAAUGAUUUGGAGAAAGUUUUUAUAAUGUAUAAAGAGACUCUUAGCCUGAUUCGUUACAUUUCCGGUAAAUUUGCCAAAUCUCGAACCUCUACCACCGAAGAGAUUUCAACAACCGAUCACAAGUUAACAGCUCUAAGUUUCCGUUGUCAGUCACUUUUAUGCCUAAAAUUGAGCCGUCUCAAGGAAAAAGAGAUUCGAUCCAAUUUUAAAAUAAUUCAGUCCACUAUUGAAUCAAAUAACAUUAACACCAAGGAUAAAAACUCAGUCACCAUACCAAGCCAACUGUUCAAUGCAAUGAAUCGUCAGAUCAGCUUAUUACAACAAUUAAACAAUGCUCACGAUCUUUGGCAACAAGCUGAUACUCUGGUUGACAAGAAUCCCUCAUGUGCUGCUUUUUUUGCCACCGUUGACGCCGAGUGUGGGUCCUUAAGCCUUAGCUCCUCAUUUGAUGAUCUCGUCCGAUAUGUUACAACUGGACUCAAGAUAUUAGAAUGAAAAGAACAAAAAAGAUAUACAAUUUAAUAUAUAUAUUGAUUUACACCAGAGCCAUAUAGUUAUAUACAUGCGAAAGAAGAUGAUUUAUUGAUGACACCAAGACCAAUUAAACUAUAAACCUUUAUUUUGGACUAAAACAACAACAACAACAACAACAACAAUCAACUAUCAACAACAUCAUCAGCAACGCAAGAAACAAACAAGCAACGUUCAUCCUGAAAAGAGAUCAAUUAAAUACUUUUACUUUUGAGUGGACGGGAGGUCAACUCGUGUGAUAUUUAAUCUACCCAAUCGUCCAUCGGAAAAGCAAAUCAAUGAGAAAACGAGAAGAAAAAGAUGUUAUAUUGUUGUUUAAUUUUUAAUUAAUCUGUGACACUUCUAAUUCACUUUGAUUAACAAAGUUAUUAAACAAAAACAAAAAGCAGUGCAACCAAAAAAAAAAGACACAUCGUCAAAAUUAAUGCAAAUCCGUCUCUGGUUUUUAAUUGUCGGAAUCAUAUUUCUUUUUCUGUAACGUGUUCAAAUCGUUUUAUCAAAUUGAAUCGAGAAAAAAACAAACAAAAUCCUGAUGAGAAAACGAUGGAAUUAUUUUUUCGUAAUCAACUUCAAUCACUAUUUAUAAAUUAUUUGGAUUAUUAAUUCUUCUGCCUCAUCUCUCUCUCUCUCUCUCUCGCUCUUUCUUUCCCUCUCCCUUCAUUUACUCACUUAAAUUGUUGUAACUAUUAAUAUCCGUCAAAGUUGAAGUGGAAAAAGCGAUUGAAUGGAGAAACGAAGAUCAUCAGGAGAAAUUGGAAUUGCCCUGAAGCCUUAAUUUCUUCAAAUGAAUGAAGAAGGAGGAAAAGCCUAAAUGGAGACGUAAACUGAUCUUAAAAUGAUGACAAUUUCUCUUCAUCUUGUUUCUCUCUCUCCCUCUCUUCCAAACACACAUCACUUCACAUUCAAAAAGCAAAAACAACAACAACUAAAGUACAAGCCUGAAAGGGAAUAUUCAGAAAACUCAACACGAUUAAUAUUCACUUCGAAUCGAUGUAUUGUUUUUAGACAUUUAAAUUGUAAAGUUAACAUUGAACGGAGCGAAAAUACCGUUAAUGUAUAUUUCUUACACCUUGGUGGUGAUGAUUAUUUCGGCUCAUGGUGGUUGAGGCCAAGGAUUUUUUUCCAGGUCGAGGUGGAAGGUCGACCUUUUUGUCUCGAUGUCACCAUUCUUACUUUUCGUCUUUCUUUUUCGAUUGCGAGAAAUGCAAAAAAAAGUGAUAUUACCCGAUAGAUUUGGUGUCGAUGGUCAGUCGAUGGUCCAUCUUAAUCCAGUUGAUAUUUAAUUUUAUUGGUUUUUAAACGAAAACAAAAAAGACAACAAAAGUGAGCUGAUUGAUUUUCGUGGGACAUGAUUGACAAUAUUGAUUGUUAAUAUUUCCAGAGGUUGUCGGUUAAUUGGAUGGUUAAUUUUCUGGUGAAUUAAGUUGAUUCAAAUGAGCAUCAAGUAACAAACAUUUGGCUAAUUUUUAUCAUCAUCAUCAUCAACUUUUCAUCAAUCCUUUUUUCAACUAGUCUUGACGUUUCUCUUUCUAUUUGUCUGUCUUCAUCAUCAUCAUCAUUAUCAUCCUUUUGUUUAACCAAAUUAUCUUCCUCAUUUAAAUUUGUUACAUUUGAUUCUGUUGUAAAUGAUAAUUGAUAAAUUGUCAUUAUCAUAAUCAAUGUUUUUUUGUUCACGUUCCUUGUGCCAAGUUAAUCAACAAUGUGGGAGCUUUAAAUUAAUCUCAUCAAUGAACAAUUAAUGAAGAUUAAUUUAAUCUUUAUGGUUUUACCUGUGUGUUUAUGUGUUGAUAUUUCAUCAGUAAUUGAUUUCUGCCAAUUCACUUACAUUUGUUUAACAACAAUCAAAGGAAAAGUAAUCAUAAUAAUCCUUAGAUCAUCAUCAACAUCAACAUCAUCAUUUGGAUUGUUGAUUCAUCAAAAUUUCUGAUAAACACAUUGAAUUAUCAUCACACAUACAAAUAGAUGAACAUGAGAAAUCCUUGAGAAGACAAGAGAUGAUGAAGAAGAAGAAUCAAUGGAAAAUGAUGACAAGGAAGAUAAUUGAUGUGCCCCUUUCGCUGAGUAAACAGAAUUGCAGUUCUCUUUCUCCCCCUCACUUAUCAUCAUCAUCAUCAUCAUCUUUCUCAUCCUAAUAUGAAAAGAAAAUCAUAAACGUAAUCAACACAAAAAUCAUUGAAACACCAUGAUAAUGAUAAAUUGUUACUCUUGUGAUGGUUUAACCACCAGUUCAGUUGAUUGUUACUUUACACACUGAGAAUCAAACAAAUUACAUUGAAAAUUUAGUUUCCUGUUACAAUCAACACUCCGAAUCAGAAAUUCAUAAAUUGGCAACAAUUAAACAGGAACCAUAACCACAGGGGAAACAAUUUAAAUCCAUCUUGUUGAAAAUCUUGACACCUUCAAACUCACCUUAACAUCAAUCACUUAUUGUCUUUACACUUUCACCUUAAUUUCCUCUCUCUCUCUCUCUCUCUCUCUCUCUCUCUCUCUCUCUCUCUCUCUGCAUCUUCCAUCUCUUGACCACCUUCUGUCCACUCUUCUUCCAUCUCCUUCACUGUCAUCCUAAACUGACCGAUACUUUGGUGUAUCGAUCAUGAUUUUUUUGUUACUUUUAAGUUGAAAAAACAAACAAGUGUUAUCUUGAUAUCUUUUAAAAUCAGAUCUUUAUGAUAAAAACGCAAAAAAAUAUCAAUCAAUUGACAUUGAACAUAAUUAACACAGAGAAUUACAAUUUAUGUGUAAAAAAAAUGCAAAUCAAUACAAAUGGACAAACAUAAUAUAACAACAAUCAACAAAUCACCUUCAGAUUUAGAUAUUAUAUAUUAUAUAUUAUAAAUGUGUAAAAAAAAUCGAUAAGUUGACAAACUUAGAUUAUUUUUGGUUAAUUGUUUGGACAAUUAAGCAAAUUUAUCACUGAUCAACUUUACUCUUACGUUUAUCCUGGACAAUAUCUCCACCAUGAUCCCCACCAAUCAAUCCUAAUCUUAAUCCUCUUCCAAUCCAAUUGUUUUGUUCAUUCACAUAAAUGUUUGUAAAUAUGAUUUAUAAUUGAAAUUAAUCAUAACCUAAUAUAAAAUUUAAAUUUCUACCUUAA